CCUCUCCUUCGGUCACUCUGUUCUCCACUGGACCCCUCUCGCCACCAUGUCGUCACCCUUCAACCCCCUCGCAAACCUCCCAGUCCCCACCUCCCAAACGACAACACCCCACCCCCUCCUCCCAACUCUCACGCCAGCGCUCGCAUCCCCCGCUCCCCUCCCCUCACCAGGCCUCGGCGCCCUCGCCGGGCUGCCCGGCAUCUCGAGCCUGCCGGGGAUCAAGUCUCCGCGCGCAGCCACGCCGUGGGCGAGCAUCUCGGCCGCCGCCUCCGCGGGCGCAGGCACGCUGAGCGCACCCCCCGCCCCACCCCCCGGCUGGGUGCCAUUCGGCGCAGCGGGCGCGGGCGUCGGCGAAGCAGACGCAGAUAACGCCCGCCGCGCGCUAUCCGACGUCUCGCGUCUUCUUGAGCGCGCCGAGGUGCUGCGCGCCGAAAUGGGCGUGCUGGGACGAAGCGUAUUCGGCGCAGGCGGCGGCAUUGACGCCCUCCCAACUAUGCAGCUUGAAUACGCACAAACUCUGCUCGCACUCAUUUCCUUGGCGUCUGCGUAUCUCGUCGGCGCACUGCCCGUCCCCCUCUCUGCCGCGGCGGGGUACUCGCCGCCUCAAACUGAAGCGGAUGCCGCAGCACCACCCGUCCCUGCUCCCCCGGCGCCCACAGCAUCCACACCCGCACCCAACCACGCCCUGCCGACAACCACAGAACUCGCAGGCUGGACCGAGGGGCGGGCCCAAGCGCAGUUCGCGCGGCGCGAAGCCAUCCGCGGCGCAUCCCGCGCCAUGCUCGACGUCCUCAACACGCGAUAGACAUAGCAUUAUAGCAUGGUCCCAGUGAAUGUACAAUAACGAGUGUGUAUGCUCU